UACGUCACGCUUUCUUCCUCUUGGCGGCGCACAGUACAGCGACUCUGCAUAAAAUCUAGAAAUUUGCCUGAGAAUGUGCACAGAUAUGAUCCUAUGAGAGAACGCGAGCCUCGCACCGGAGGAGCUGACCAGCGCGUCGCAGUAGUAGCACAGACUGUGGUGCAGGACAUGUCUGGUGACGUCACCGCGCUGGACGUGCUGACGCUCGUCGGAAGAGCGGUGUGCACAGGCGCGGCGCUGACAGCCGCACUCUACCUGAUCCGCAGAGUCUGUCUAAUAAUGGCCUGGAAAUCCGGAGGAGCGAGCCACGCGGAGCUCGUCAACAACCUCCGCAAAAAUGGGAUUAUUAAAUCAGACCGUGUGUAUGAAGUUAUGUUGGCCACAGAUCGUGUCCACUUUUCCAGAUGUAACCCAUACAUGGACUCUCCACAGUCUAUAGGUUAUCAAGCAACAAUCAGUGCACCGCAUAUGCACGCGUAUGCUCUAGAGCUCCUCCAUGAUCAGCUGUAUGAAGGAGCGAAGGCUCUGGAUGUGGGAUCAGGCUCCGGGAUCCUGUCCGUCUGCUUCGCCAGAAUGGUUGGGCCGAAGGGGAAGGUGAUUGGCAUUGAUCAUAUAAAGGAGCUUGUGGAGGCAUCUAUAGCUAAUGUAAAGAAAGACGACCCUAGUUUGAUCUCUUCAGGGAGAAUCAAACUCAUUGUUGGAGAUGGAAGAAUGGGCUUUACAGAAGAAGCACCUUAUGAUGCCAUUCAUGUCGGAGCCGCAGCUCCCACAGUGCCACAAGCAUUGCUGGACCAGCUGAAGCCAGGGGGGCGUCUGAUUCUGCCGGUCGGGCCAGCAGGAGGGAACCAGAUGCUGGAGCAGUAUGACAAAUUGGAGGAUGGCAGUACCAAAAUGAAGCCACUGAUGGGCGUGAUUUACGUGCCUUUAACAGACAAAGACAAGCAGUGGUCAAGGUGGAAGUGACUUCCUGUCCUCUGUCCCUUCUCUCUUCUAGGGCACAGGGAUGAACUUUGAAAGGAUGAUCUUUGAAAGGAUGAUCUGGCAAUACUCAUCGCACCACACACACACACACACACUGGACUUCACUGAGGAGAGCUUGUAUUAAUGCUCUAUUUCCAUACCUGUGACAGUCUGAUGGUUGUGAAAGACUGAUGUAUUGAUCAGAUUCUUUUAUUUAAAAAGGAAAAAAAGUGGAAUAGGGCUUUGUGCUGAGAUUUUCAUGCCUGCAGUUUGAGAGUUGUGUGAAAGCAGUUUCGUUUUUUUUGGACGCAGGUGCAUAUUUCUUGUGAUGACUUCAGUAUUACAGUCAAUUGAAUUGUUCAUGCAUCUCAGCAUAAUGUAUUAUAAACAGAACACGGGGGCCGGCCUAUGUGCUGAAUCCAGCCUGUGAUUAAAACUGUUCACUGCUGCAUUAUGUGUAGGGAUGUCUUUGCUCUACAAAUCCAGGUUAAUAGUAAUGGCUUGUGCUUUCAGCUGAAGCAUGUGAUGCUCAGGCAAAAUAAACCACUUAACAUUUGAUAAUUUCAGCAGAGGAUUCUAGAGUGAGCCAUGUGUUACAAUGAUUUGACCAUGGUUAUGGGUUGCAAACUAUGGGUCAUUAUAGCAAACUGAACCCCUAAAAGUAAGCAGAACUUUUAUAACUGGAUGCUUACCAAACAAAUAAAUAACAUGUAUUAUUGAAAAGUGAAGACAAGUAAGAAAGUGCAGAAUUAUAUAAGAAAUUGUUUAUCUGGGCCAAUGGUCAUAAUUAGAAAAAUCUGUACAAACCACAGAAUGCUGCCAUUCAGCAAACACAAUCAGGUAUUUCACAUAACCGUGGCUAAUGAUUGCUUUUGGAGCAGCAGUAAUGGGAAUAUGAUAAAAGACUCUAAUGCUAAAAUAAUAACUACCUUUAUUAAUAAAAAAAAUAAUGAGUAUACCAAUGUUACAAUAAAACAUUUCUCCAGGCAAGUAAUAUAGUCCAUUAGCUAUAACUUUAGGCUGUUUACAGUUACCAACCAAUUCAGCCAUGGUAUAAUAGACUGAUGGCCACAGGUGUGUGUGUGUUUAGAGGUUUUACAAUGGGUAUUUUACAAGGCGUAUUCAAUCAGACUCUACAGUCUGAACUAGAGUUGAUACACUAUAUUGGCAAAAGUAUUGGCACCCCCUUCUAAUAAACGGGUUUGACUGCUUUAGUGAUCUCCAUGAGUACAGAUCUUAAUAAAUAAACAUCAUUAUAUAUGCACUAUAAAAUUAGAAGCACGCAGCUCCCUAGAAUAUAAUGAUAUGCUUAAACAUUAAGAUCUGUACUCAUGGAUAGUCAAACCUGUUUAUUAGAAGGGGUGUCCCAACACUUUUGCCAAUAUAAUGUGUCGUAUAAAUAGAAAUUUUAGAAAUCAACUCCAGAAUACUAAAAUAAUUUUGUCAUCAUGUUGUUCCAACCUCAUAUUAUUUUCUUUGUUUUGUGAAAACAAAGAAUCAUGCAGCUGCUUUUCUGCAUGAUGAAAUGUGAUGUUUGAUAUCGUCAACUUUUAAAAAGCUAGUGUCCAAUAGUCGCCUUUAGAUUUGAUGUUGUGGAGCCCCAACAAUACUGGUUCUUGUGUUCUCGGCAUGUGUGAUACACAUGAGGUUUGAGAGCUGCUGUAUGGUGGAAGGGAUUUGACAGAAUGCACGAGAUGCAUGGAUGGACUACUUUUAUGGUAUGUUUGUUGACAGCAAAAAUCAUCAUCCGCUUUCUUGAUUUGUAAAACAGAAUCUUGAACAUUUCGUGUAUUUCACAGGAAAAAGAAAAUCAUACAGGGUUGGAAUGAUAUGAGCAGAGUUGGGUCACAAGUGUAGCAAUAUUACUGCUCACUUUGUAAUGUGUUUCACAUCACUGCACUGCUCACAGCAGGUUUGUCUAUAACAUCUAACACGCAGCUAGUAAAGUUCCUCUCGGAUCAACCCUUCAAACACAGCUAAACCCUCAGUGGUCAUUUUCAAAGCCAAACCUCUGCAUGUUUGUGUGUAACCUGCACACACAAACCUGGCUUUUGGCAAAUAAACUCACUGCUAAGCAAUGA